GGGGGAGGAAUUUCUUUUGUUUACGAGGUCCAUCCUUUAAUUGUGGUAAAGGUCCCGAAAUCUGGAGAGUUUGAGAGAGAGCAAUUCUAUAAAGAGCUAGAGAUAUAUCGAAUAUUCGCACAAAAACGGCCUUGUCCGUCUAUCGUGCAAUGUUUCCUCUUUUCGGACAACGGCAUCUUCCUCGAGUACAUAAGAGAUAUGUCACUUUCUUCUAGAAUGCAGAAAAACCAUAUUCGAGACUAG